AAGCGUCGGAGGAAAACACUAGAAGGCUGAGGCGGCGAGCGGCGGGCGGGAGCGCUCUCGGCUCGAUUGGGCACCAGGCUCCGGCCCUUCGGAGCCGCGGGGCGGCCAUGGCCACCAUGGGCGCCCUCGCCGACUCUCAGGUGCGGUUCGGUCGGAGGACCGGACAACCGCGAGAAGCCCCAGUGGAAACUGAUUCCUGGACUGACAGCCAAAUUCCAUGUGGUACUCUUUUACCAAGUGGAGUAGAUCUUUGUCAAGUUACUAUACUUCCAAAUGAUGAGUGGAAGAGAAUUCAAGAUAGCCUUGACAAGUUGAGUAGAAAAGCAGCUCAGCUUCGUGCUGAAAAGAAAGCAAAGAAAGAAAUGCAUUUAAAUUCCCAAGAAAUGGUGAAACAUUGGGCCAAUACUUAUGCAGGGAUGCGAAAACAGAAACUUAAAGCUAAGGAGUUUCGUGCACAAGAUGAAGAAAAUGAAAGGCAAAGGAUUGACAUGGAAGAAGCGUUGUAUAGAGCACAAGAAAGAAAAAAGGCCAUUGAAAGUGCAAAAAUCUAUCAAUAUUACCAGACAGAUAGAGUGAAGACUUUCCAUAGUGCACUUCUUCUUAGUAAAGUUCUAAAAGAGCGAGACGCUCAGAUUCGGUUCCAGAAGAGCAAAGUAAAAACAGAUGCAAAGUGGGAGGAACAGUUGAAGCGAAAUAUUGAAAAAGCUUUUCGAGAGGAACAAGAAAAAGCAGACAAACGUCGAAGUGACAGAAUGGCACUUGCAAAUGAUCAUCUUAAACAAAUGAAGGAGCGAGAAGAGGUGGAAGAACAAAGGAAAAGAGAAGAAGAAAAAGAUGCCAAAGAAAUAGAAAAACAGGCUAAAUUACAUGAAUUAGAACUGGCAAAGAGACAAGAAAAGAAGGAAGAAAAGAUGCUUGAAUGCAAGAGAAUUCAUCUCGAAACCAUGGAAAAUAGAAAUAUAAUCAGAGCGAUAGAGGAACAACAACGAGAGGAGGAAGAUGAAAAAAUUAGAAAAUUUGUCAAAGCAAAGAAGGGUCUGGCAAAUAUUAGAAAAGAAAAAGAUGCUGAAACUUACAAGCUGAUGGAAGAACGUAAAGAAAGGAUUUUUAACUUCCUGAAUGAACUUAAUAGAAAAAAACUUGACAAUGAAGAUGAGCUUAUUGCCAGAGAUAUUGCAGAAGCUGAGGCUGAAAAGGUACAGGCCGAAAAAGAAAAAGAAGAAAGAAGGAAAGCAAAAAUAAAAGAGAUUGAAGAAUAUAGAGAUGCAGUGAUUGAAAGUAAAAAGGAGCAUAAAAAGCAAGAAAAAAAAGAAGCCGAAGAAACUCUGAAAGCUCUCAUUAAGGCAGAUCAAUUGUUUUGGAAGCACGAAAAGGAAAAACAGCGAAAAGCAGAUGAGGAAAAGAAGGAGACACAAACAUUCAUCAUUCAGCAGAUAGCUAAAAAGAAGGUUAAUUUAAAAGAACAAGUGGAAAAUGAUUUGGAAUAUUACAGAGAGACUGAAGCUCUUGCUCUUGAAAAGGAGAAGGAAUUUAAGCAAUAUGCAAGAGAAGUCAUUGAAUCUGAAUCAAAGUCAACUAACAAUAUUUACCCUCUGUUAAGAGCUGUAAAGUUUGGUCCUGGAGGUGGUCGAGGCCUGCCUUUUAUGGAGAGAGGUGGAAUCAGGCCCAGCUAUCAGUCAAGGGAUUUCUAUGGAACCCAACUCCCUAGUUAUGCCUCUAGGAGACCAGUGGAAGUUGAUAGUAUUGGAAGGACUAAAGGAAGACUAGGUUUUACAUGGUAGAAAUCAAAUUUUAUUUUUUUCUUUUUAAGGAGGACUUUGUCUCAAAAUUUUAAUGCAGUUGACAGAAGAGGUAUUUUCACUGUUUAUGUCUUUGAAUUACAAUCCUAUUAAGUACUACUAUAAAUAAAAUGACUUCAUUGAAAUA